AUGGCAUCAAAAGAAGAAGAUGCAAUGAAGACAAUUAGAGAUUUAGAUGUUGAUUAUUUAUUAGUUGUUUUUGGUGGAUAUCUUGGAUAUUCAUCAGAUGAUAUUAAUAAAUUCUUAUGGAUGAUUAGAAUUGGUGCAGGUGUUAAUCCUUCUUUAAAUGAAAAUAAUUAUUAUAAUCAUGGUACUUAUACUGUAGGUGAUCCUUCUAAUACAUUUAAAUAUAGUAUGAUGUAUAAAAUGUGUUAUCAUAAUUUUUAUAAAGCUUCUAAUGGUUAUCAUUCUGGAAUGGAUGCAGUUAGAAGAGAAAUUAUUAAAGAACAAACUUAUUUCAAAAAUAUUCAAGAAGCUUUCACUUCUCAACAUUGGAUAGUUAGAAUUUAUAAAGUAAAUAAACCAAAUCCAAUAGAUUCUUUACUUUAA